AAAUCUUUAUGCAUUUUAAUAUUGUAGCGACAGCGCCUGGUUAUGACUUUUAUUUUGGUUCGGUCGCAUGACGUCACAGAAAUUCGCCCCGCUCCUGCGUCUGUUGUGAUCCUGGCAUAAGAAAGACAGGUAACCUCCCUGAGAAACAAUUGAGAUCAACUUGACAUACUAUUAUAAAGAUGGCGUUUAUUAAAGAGGAGGUAGAAGACAUGAAGACCGAAGAAGCAUUCCAAGUGAAACAUGAAGAUACAGAAGAACAAACAGGCCUGUUAGUGCUGAAAGAGGAGAGUCAAGAACUGAAUGAAAUAGAAGAGAAAGAUGAGAAGCUUCUUAUGAUUGGAGGAAAAUCCCCACAUACUAAAAAUACUUCAUCAAGAGAAAGAGCUCAAAAGAAAGCAACUAGGAGUUAUUUCACCUGCGUUCAGUGUGGUAAGAGUUUCAAUCAACAUGGAAACCUUGAAGUUCACAUGAGAAUUCACAAUGAAGAGAGCUCUUUCACCUGCCAACAGUGUGGAAAGAGUUUUACUGAGAAAGGAAAUCUCAAAAGCCAUAUGAGAAUUCACUCUGGAAAGAGAGAGAAGCCUUUCACAUGUGGACUGUGUGGAAAAAGCUUCAUACGAGAACUAAACCUUAGAUAUCACAUGAACAAUCACACAGGAGAGAAGCCGUUCACAUGUGAUCAGUGUGAAAAGAGUUUCACACGUAAAAUUGGUCUUAAUAGCCACAUGAGAAUUCAUUCAAGAAAAAAAUGUUUUAAAUGUAACCAGUGUGGAAUGAGUUUCCCAGACAUGGAUCAUCUUAACAGGCAUGUAAUAAUUCACUCUGGAGAGAAGCCUUUCACAUGCCAGCAGUGUGGAAAGGGUUUCAAAUUCAAUAGAAACCUUAAGACGCACAUGAGAAUUCACACCGGAGAGAAGCCUUUCAUGUGCCAUUACUGUGGAAAGUGUUUCGGUCAUAAUGUAAGCCUUAAGACUCACUUAAGACUUCACACGGGAGAGAAGCCUUACACAUGCUCUUUGUGCAGUAAGAGUUUCACAUACAAAUCAACCCUCAAUGCCCACAUGAGAACUCACACUGGAGAGUGCCCUUUCACAUGCAAACUGUGUGGGAAGAGCUUCUCACAAAAAGGAAAUCUACAGGCUCACAUGAGAAUUCAUACUGGGGAGAAGCCGUUCUUAUGUGGUCAGUGUGGAAAGAAUUUCAGAUGUAAAGUAACCCUUAUGUACCAUAUGAGGAUUCAUUCAAGAGAGAACAGUUUUAAAUGUCAGCGGUGUGGAACAAAGUUUACAGACAGUAAACACCUUAAAGAUCAUGUAAUAACUCACAUCGGAGAGAAGCUUUUCAUUUGCAAUCACUGUGGGAAGUGUUUCAAACUUAAAGGAAACCUGAAGACUCACAUGAGACUUCACACGGGAGAAAAGCCAUUCACAUGCAAACAGUGUGGAAAGAGUUUCAGACAUAAUGUAAGCCUCCAGACUCACACAAGACUUCACACUGGAGAAAAGCCAUUCUCAUGUUUUGAGUGUAAGGACAGUUUCACAUACCAAAGAGAUCUGAAGCGCCAUUUACAAACUCAUUCUGUAGAGAAACUGCAGUCUGACAAGAAGUUAACAAAAAGGAGCCAUUUAAAAUAUCCCCUGCCCAUUCACCCUGGAAGAAGGCGACUUAAUUGUGAUCAGUGUAAUACAACAUUUCUUUUGCCAUCUCUCUUAAAGAUACACCUGAAAAGCCAUGCAGAUGUAAGACCCUAUUUGUGUUUCUUGUGUGGAAAGAGUUUUAAAUGGCUCAGAAAUUUUAAAUGGCACCAAAAAAUACGUGUCUGUAUGAAAUCAAGGCUCCGUUCACACCGCAGCUGAAUGUAGCCAAAAUUUGAAUUUUCUGCUCAAAUGUGAUUCCUUUCCUGUCGUUUCAUAUAUUGAUCAGCUUUG